GUACAUAGCUUGUGAUAACUUAUAUCUAGUGCAUGACACAUCUAAAUAGUACGGAGUCUUUCGUGUUCGAUGGAAUCUGAGCGACAAUGCAUGAGAGUAUUUUAAAAAGCAGUUAUAAUUUCAGAGUGAUUGUUUCCGCUUUAAUUGGCUUGUUGUUUGUUUUAAGUCUUUUAACGGACUUUUACACACCUCAUUUACAUAAUGUACUUGAAACACUGCGAACGUUUGUGUAUUUUUCGAGUUCGGAAAAAGUUACUUACCAAAGCCAGUGUAUGAUACAAAAUAUAUCUUUUAGUAAUAAAAACUGCUGCUUCCGGCUUUCCUCAUCGGAACAUCAGACACUGGAACAUCUCGCAGAAAAGGAUAUACAAAUGGAAUCAGGAUUAAACAAAGAUAUCGAAAUGGAAGACAGAACUGAGAGAAGGACUGUUAACAACCUUAACCAACUUGGAAAUCAAUCGAAACCCUGCAGAUGUUUUGUAACAUUAGGAGAUUACAGAGGUCGCAUUGGUAAUCAAAUGUUUCAGAUUGCGUCACUUGUCGGAUUAGCAUACAAGUAUGACGUCAUAUCAGUCAUUCCAAAAAUGUUUCCAUUAGCUAAGUAUUUUGAGUUACCAAAUAUAAUUAAUCUAAAAUUAAAUAAACUUUACAAUACUGUUAAAUGUGUUUGCAGAAAGUCAGCCGCAUUUUGUAAUUGUGCAAAAGAAUUUAACUCGGAGAAAAAUGUAACAUUAUACGGGUAUCUGCAGUCAUGGAAACAUUUCAAAGAGUCAAAUGAAGUCAUCAAGACAGUUUUUAAAUUUAAAACGAAGCAUCUGUUUAAUGCGAAAAGGUUCCUAUCAAAUGUGUCAAUUGCCGAUUUUCAACUUGUUUGUAUUCAUAUUCGUCGUGGGGAUAUUACAAGCAAAGCCAAAAUUGCUGAGGGAUAUGCUGUUGCAGGUUUGGACUAUAUUGAGAAGGCAAAGCAAUUUUUUAUCAACAAAUAUUCAAAAGUUCAGUUUCUUGUUGUUAGUGAUGAUAAAGCUUGGUGUAGAAGACAUCUAAGAAACGUUUCUAUAAGUCCACUUACAGACCCUGGCGACGAAAUGGCUUUGAUGACGUUAAGUGAUCAUGUCGUCAUAACGGCGGGAACGUUUGGAUGGUGGGGUGCAUGGCUGUCAGGGGGGACAACUGUUUACUUCAGUAAGCAUCCUAGACCAGGUAGUCCUUUAGAUUCUAGAAUGAAUAAAGAAGAUUAUUACCCACCGAGUUGGAUAGGAAUGGCAUAAGAAGAACAAAAAUAUUGGAGCAAUUACAGACCAAAUUUCAUCCACUGAGUAGUCCCCAGUGCAAUGUGGCGAAAUGAAAUGUUUCAUAAGUAUAUUUGUGAGUGCAUGCGUGCAAGCGUGCGUGUUAAGGAAAGAGAAGGCUACCCAGUCAAUUUGCCACACCCUCCUAUCUUAUGCGCUUGUUUCAGAAAACCCAUUUAGGACAAGUUGUGAACAGAUCCCUUUGCAUAGGGUAUCUUUAUACGUUUAUUUUUAUACUUUUACUUAUAACGCACUCGUAUUGUAACAAUCCCGUAAGUUUUAAAACCGUAGACUUUUCCGUAUUACUUUAUUUCAAAAUUAAAAAAAAAUAUUGUUUUUUUUUUUUCGAAAUUUAAAAGUAUAUUUUACUCUACUUUGUGCAAUAAAAUCCAGCAUAUAUCAUACGUGUCAAUAAACAGCUGGCUAAAAUUGUUCAUGUAAAAAGGUACCUUUUUGUUAAAUAGGUAGAGGUAAGAUUUAUCUCGGGCUUCACGAUCAUCUGCACAACGUACUUUAUUGAUUAAACAAUUUUCUAUUUGAUUGUGCGAGUCUUAAAGUAACUAAAAUACGCUGUCGCUUGAAGAGAGUUGUUGUUGUUGUUGUUGUUGUUUUGACAAUAUGUCUUUGCGAAAUGCAUGAAAAUUGGUUCUCCAAUGAAGGUAAAUAAGCAUAAAAUUCCUAAUAAAUGACGAAGAGCAAGAAAAUGCUCACAAACUAUUCGGCAUUUAUAUGAAAUACUGAAUGAAAAUAUUCAACUUUUGAACAAUAUUAUUGUUUCAUCUUACCAAAGACGUAUUAUUUACUUGAUUAACAAUUUUUACUGCAAAUGAUUCGUAAAAUUGUAAAGAUUGUUGUUGUUGUUGUUAACCAAUUGUAUGCUGGAAAUAGAUAUGAAUGUCGUUUUUAUACUAUGU